CAUCAGAAUUAACAUACCGCUGAUGUAAGUUUAGCUUUCCGGAUUUAUUGUGAUUUUCAACGUCAUUGAGCUUUUGAAUUUUAAAGAUUUAUUUUUUCUAAACAUACUUAAUUUAAUUAAUCAUUAAGUUUUACUACAAAAGUUUAUUUACAAGAUGUACAAAAAAUUUUUGAAGAAAUUUAAGCCACAAUGUUUACCAACACGCGUGGUAAUUUGUAUCAUGAUGUUUACAUGCUGUUGGAUGAACUAUAUGUGCAGAUUACAAAUGAGUAUUCUCGCAGUCCCAAUGAUAAAAACUCUUGAAGAUAAAAAAUUAUCACACGGAGCGUGUGUAAGUCUUGAGAAUCAAAAAUCCCGACGAUCUGUAUUCAUUGACAGCGAAGAUUCUUCUGAGGAAUUCAUUAAAAAUGUUAAUUAUUCACGCGAACUUUUACCGCGUAAAAUAAAUGAAACAGAAGUGGGCUCGCUGUCAAAUAAUUUAGAUAAUUUAAAUAAUAGUUACACAAAUACUUUAUUACUGGACACGCGUCAAUCUAAAAGGGCAGGGUUUCACUUAUUCUCAAACGCGGCCUUCGAAUGGACGCCUUUCAUCCGCGGUCAAUUGAUAUCCGCCUACGCCUGGGGUAAUGUACCGGGUAAUUUUAUCGGCGGUGUACUGGCCCAGAAAUUUGGCCCACGUAGGGCCGUUCUCUGGUCCUCAAUUAUCGCGAGUCUCGUAUCGUUGGCUACGCCGAUUCUCGCUCAAUUGUCGUGGAUUGUCUUACUUUUGUCGCGAGUAAUAAUCGGCUUAACUGGAGGCGUCACUUUUCCCGCGUGUCAUACGCUCGUCGCUAAAUGGUCGCCGCCAAAUGAAAAAGGAAGAUUUGUUUGGACACUACAGGGCGGGACAUUUGGUUCAAUAUUUUUGUUCGGUAUUAUUUCGAGCAUAGCGGAGAAAAUAAAUUGGGAAACGGGCUGGUAUUUACCGGCGUUGAUUAUGAUGGUGUGGAUUGUGUUCUGGUGGUUUUUGGCUUUUGACUCACCAGAAGAACAUCCUAGUAUCAGUGAAAAGGAGAAGUUGUAUAUUAUUGAAUCGCUCUCGGGAACGGUUAAUGUCGAGAAGCCGUCAUUCAAAAAUACGCCGCUAUUAAAAAUACUAACAUCGAUUCCGUUUAUUUGUCUGGUACUUUGUCACUUUGGAAAUUUAUUUUUACUAUUUUUCUAUCAAAACGGAAUGAUGUUGUACCAAACUAAAGCCCUGGGAUUCAAGCUGACAAAAGGCGGAGUGGUGUCAGGAUUACCGUGGGCCAGUCGGGUCUUAUUUGCAUUCGUGUUUGGUUGGGCCGGUGACACAAUUAAACGAAAGGAAAUUAUAUCUGUCACGGCGUUGAGGAAGUGCGCUACUGUAUUUUCGCAUUUACUGCCGGGUGUUUGUCUGAUAGUGGUCGGCUAUCUCGGGUGCUCGUUAGUUUGGGCAAACGUUUUCCUGAUUCUCGCGCUCGGGUUCAAUGGCGCAGCCUCCAUUUCAAAUUUAUCAAACAAUCAAGAUCUGUCGCCUAAUUACGCCGGGUUUCUUUACGGUAUUAUGAACACGGUCGGAUCACUGUCAGGGAUUAUGAUAUCCCCGAUCGUUGAAGAAGUUGCUGGCAAGUGGGGGCAUCCUAUUGAAAAAUGGCAAAUACUUUUUUGGAUGGGCGCCAUUGUCUGCAUCGUUUGUAUGUUAAUAUUUAUUAUCGGUGGAAGCGGGGAAGUUCAAAGUUGGAACGAAGUGCGAUCAUCUGACCCCAGUCGACUUGCUGCCAUAAAUACUAAUCAAGCAGAACCAACAUCAACUACAAAAACUUAAAAAAAAUUUGAUACUUUGAUUGAUUAUUAUUUUAUGUCGAUGAAUAUUGAACCCAAGUUUUUAAAUAUUCGCUGGGUCAGUAAAAUAUUAUUUAUGAUAAAAAAUAAUUUCGUAAUUUGUCGUGGAUUGUCAAUAGUUUGAUGCUGAUAUUUUUAUAUUUUUUAAUCCAACUCGUAUGACAGGAAGUAUAGAAUGAUAGUUUUCUUCUUAUAUAACACGAGGUAAAUUA